UAUCAUGUUUAAGUUAACUAUUGUCAUCGUGGCUUUUCUAGCGAUAGACUCUGCUUCACCAGCUGAGCUCCCGUCUCGUAUUGUCAACGGAGAAGCGGCGGUCGUAGGCCAGUUUCCGUAUCAAGUUCUUCUAAAGAUCCAAUUAUCACAAGGACGAGCUCUAUGUGGUGGUAGUCUGUUGAGUGAUCAAUGGAUUCUAACGGCCGGUCACUGCGUCCAAGGUGCCAGUUCUUUUGAGGUUACUCUGGGAGCGCUUGAUUUAGUGGAUAAUGGAAACGAUGGUCGUGUUGUGCUAACCGCAACGGAAUACAUUCGUCAUGAUCGAUAUAAUCCACUGUUUGCCGUCAACGAUAUAGCCGUUAUCAAACUGCCAACACCCAUUGUGUUGAGUGAUAGAAUUCAACCGAUUAAGCUACCUACAAACAGUGAUAAAUUUACCGGUCAGAAGGUUGUGGUCAGUGGAUGGGGACUACAGAAAAAUGGUGGAAACGUAGCUGAGAAGUUACAGUUUGCUCCUCUGAAGGUGAUCACUAACCUCGAGUGUAUGAGAACAUAUAGCCCAAUAGUUAUCAGAAAAUCCACUCUUUGUGCUCGGGGAGAAGCAAAACAAUCACCUUGUAACGGAGAUUCCGGAGGUCCUUUGGUACUGGAAGGUACAAAUGUUCUGGUAGGUGUGGUCAGCUUUGGACAUGCUACUGGUUGCGAGUUGGGAUCUCCGGCUGCCUUUGCCCGUGUAACGUCUUUUGCUGAUUGGAUCAGGAAAACCACUGGACUUUGAAAGAAUACACUAAGCCUUUGGAUUAGAUUGAUUUUGGAUAAUGAAAUGUAGUUAGCCGUUUGCUUCAAACAGCGCAUGGAACAUUAAACUUAAAGAUGAAUAACAAAA